UGGCUGGCUCGCCGUUGCCUCCCGGUCCUCGGGGAGCAGAGAGCGAACCGUUCGCUUCUCCGUCAAGCACCCCGGCUAGUAGUUCCCGGGCUCUGUGGCUGAGGGUCUCGCGCAGGGGCUCUUGAGGGAUCCGCUCGCUGCCGUCGAUCGCCUCCGGCCUAGGAACCCCCCUCCCGCUCCCUCUUUCUCCCCCACCCUUUCAGUCACCUUCCCUUUUUUUUUUUUGCAUCCACUUCCCCCUCUCGCCUUGCCCGAGCGGGUCCGCCGGGAGGGGGCGUCCACCGCAAGAAGAGAAAGCGGGGAAGAGCGCGUUUUUGCCUGGGGGAAGGCAGCGGGGCAGCUGGAGCGCUCACUCCACGGGGAGACACAGGGGGGAGGCCAGAGCUGUGCCCGGCCGCCUUAGAGCCCUAACCCCCCCCCCGCUUCCUCCUCCCCAGAUCUCCUGGCGGUGGGGUUGCUGGUGGGGAGCGCGCGCGUGCUUUUCUGUGUGCACCGCGGCGGGGGAGCAGAGGAGAGACAGGCAGGCAGACGGAGCCCCCACCCCGUCGCCGUCGCCCUGCGCUCGCGCGAGUGUGUGUGUGUGACGGGGGGAAGGUGGAUCUUGGUCCGUUUGCCUCCGCCGGCUUCAAAAUGCCCAGACUGCUUCGUACGGAUGGCUAUAUUUCAAGAUUCCCUUUGGCAAAGCUAGGCGAGGGGCAUCGCCUUGUGGAGGCGUCCGCCAGUGACAUCUCCUCGGUGGAAGGAGGGCUUUGAUUUGGUCCUUCUCGUCCUCCCUCCUCUCCCCCCCACCUCUUCCUCCCAUCUGCUAUUUUUCCGAGGGGGCGGCUGCAAACAAACAACAACAUAAAAAAAAAUUAGGGACAUAGUCGAUUGAUAAGAGACGCCCCCUUCUCUUUCUUUCUUUCUUGCCCGCCCCAUUUAACUCGCCGGCCCACCGGGGGUAAAAACAAUCCGAAAUCCGGACGCGUCGUUCUCAGUGUGUGUGUGUGCGCUCGCCCUCCCUCCCUCCCCCCCAGCUUCUCUGAAAUUGACGCCCCAAGGGGGAGCGAUCGGAAGAAGAUCGAGAUCACGCAUCCGAUUGCCUCGUGUUUCCUAAUAUCUGCGGGGGGCUCGAGCCCUGCCAUUCCGGAGGCAGGGAUGGAUUAGAGAUCUCUGAAUGGAGGAACCCGAGAGGACUGGAACGCAGAAGGCCUGCUGUGAUUUACCCUCCUUGGGGAUGAACAGAGUGGCUCCUGGUCGCUGACAACUCCAGCACUCACUGCAGGAUGGCCCUGCUCAUCCAUGCCCUUUGGAGCCUGUGCAUCACCACUGUCCUUGUCACCUCAGCCACACAAGCAGGCCUAAGCCGUGCUGGCUUACCUUUUGGCCUGGUUCGGCGGGAACUGGCAUGCGAGGGCUAUCCUAUUGAGCUGCGAUGCCCAGGCAGUGAUGUCAUCAUGGUGGAGAAUGCUAACUAUGGUCGCACAGAUGACAAGAUCUGUGAUGCUGACCCCUUCCAGAUGGAGAAUGUCCAGUGCUACCUGCCGGACGCCUUCAAAAUCAUGUCCCAAAGGUGCAAUAAUCGGACACAGUGUGUAGUGGUGGCUGGCUCAGAUGCUUUUCCGGACCCUUGCCCUGGCACCUACAAGUACCUGGAAGUCCAAUACGACUGUGUCCCUUACAAAGUGGAACAGAAAGUAUUCGUUUGCCCAGGGACGCUGCACAAGAUCCUGGAACCUACCUCGGCUCAUGAAUCAGAGCACCAGUCUGGAGCUUGGUGCAAGGAUCCUCUUCAAGCUGGAGACCGAAUAUAUGUCAUGCCUUGGAUCCCAUACAGGACAGACACCCUGACAGAGUAUGCCUCAUGGGAAGACUAUGUAAGUGCCCGACAUACCACCACAUAUCGCUUACCCAACAGAGUCGAUGGCACCGGCUUUGUGGUAUACGAUGGAGCAGUCUUCUACAAUAAAGAGCGGACACGCAACAUUAUCAAGUAUGAUCUGCGGACACGGAUUAAAAGUGGAGAAACAGUUAUCAAUACAGCCAACUAUCAUGACACUUCACCCUACCGCUGGGGUGGCAAGACUGACAUUGACUUGGCUGUUGAUGAAAAUGGGCUAUGGGUCAUUUAUGCCACUGAAAGCAACAAUGGACGGUUAGUGGUAAGCCAGCUCAAUCCUUAUACUCUACGUUUUGAAGGCACAUGGGAAACUGGCUAUGACAAACGCUCGGCAUCCAAUGCUUUCAUGGUGUGUGGAGUCCUCUAUGUGGUACGGACAGUCUAUGUGGAUGAUGACAGUGAGGCCGCAGGGAACCGUGUUGACUAUGCCUUCAAUACUAACAUGAAUCGUGAAGAACCGAUCUCUCUGACCUUUCCUAAUCCUUACCAGUUCAUCUCUUCCAUUGACUAUAACCCCCGUGAUAAUCAGCUCUAUGUAUGGAAUAAUUAUUUUGUUCUGCGUUACUCUCUUGAAUUUGGUCCACCUGAUCCUAGCACUGGGCCAGUUACCUCAACACCACUCAGCAUGACAACCACUAUUCGCCCAACCACUGUCACCAGCACAAUAUCGCCUGCUGUUACAACUACUCGGCAGCCACCCCUUACAACUCACCCUAUAGGUGCCAUAAAUCAGAAGGGUACAGAACUGCACACAGUCACUGCCAUAAUGCCCAGUACCCGCCGUCCACCAGCAAACAACCAGCACAUCUUUCCAGAGCUCUUCUGUGAAGCAAAGGAGGUGAGGCGUGUCCAGUGGCCAGCCACGCAACAAGGCAUGCUGGUGGAAAGGCCUUGCCCUAAGGGCACGAGAGGUAUUGCUUCUUUCCAAUGCCUUGCUACUCUUGGUAUUUGGAACCCACGCGGGCCUGAUCUCAGCAACUGCACGAGCCCCUGGGUCAACCAGGUGGCCCAAAAGAUCAAGAGUGGAGAGAACGCAGCCAAUAUUGCUACUGAGCUUGCCCGACAUACGCGUGGUGCCAUCUACGCUGGAGAUGUUAGUUCCUCUGUCAAAUUAAUGGAGCAGCUCUUAGAUAUCUUGGAUGCUCAACUGCAGGCACUGCGUCCAAUAGAGAGGGAAUCAGCUGGCAAAAACUACAACAAGAUGCAUAAGAGAGAAAGGACCUGCAAAGACUAUAUCAAGGCUGUGGUGGAGACAGUGGACAACCUCCUGCGUCCAGAGGCCCUGGAAUCAUGGAAGGACAUGAAUGCAACAGAGCAGGUGCACACUGCCACCAUGCUGCUUGAUAUCCUAGAAGAGGGAGCUUUCCUUCUGGCUGACAACGUCAAAGAACCAGCCCGCUUUGUUACUGCUAAGAAUAACGUUGUGUUGGAGGUCUCUGUGUUAAAUACAGAGGGGCAAGUGCCAGAUAUUGUGUUCCCACACGAAUAUACUACCAGAAACUCGAUCCAGCUGUCAGCCAACACAAUCAAGCAAAACAGUCGUAAUGGGGUGGUCAAAGUUGUUUUCAUCCUCUACAAUAAUUUGGGAUUUUUCCUCUCUACUGAGAAUGCCACAAUCAAGCUUGGAAGUGAAGUUGGUCCACUUAGCCCCUCACUCGUUGUCAAUUCCCAAGUUAUCGCUGCCUCCAUCAACAAGGAAUCUAGUCGUGUCUUCCUUAUGGACCCCGUCAUUUUUACUCUCUCCCACCUGGAGGACAAGAAUCACUUCAAUGCCAAUUGCUCUUUCUGGAACUAUUCUGAGCGUUCCAUGAUGGGAUACUGGUCCACACAGGGCUGCCGACUGAUGGAGACCAACAAGACCCACACCACCUGUGCUUGCAGUCACCUCACCAAUUUCGCUGUCCUCAUGGCACACCGCGAAAUUUAUCAGGGCCGCAUCAAUGAACUUUUGCUGUCUGUCAUCACAUGGGUGGGCAUUGUGAUUUCUCUGGUCUGCUUGGCUAUUUGCAUAUCCACCUUUUGUUUCCUCCGUGGGUUGCAAACUGACCGCAACACCAUCCACAAGAACCUCUGCAUCAAUCUCUUCAUGACUGAGCUCCUAUUUCUUAUUGGAAUUGACAAGACGCAGUAUGAGAUUGCCUGCCCCAUCUUUGCCGGAUUGCUACACUAUUUUUUCCUGGCAGCAUUCUCCUGGAUGUGCCUGGAGGCCAUUCACCUUUACCUCAUGCUGGUUGAAGUCUUUGAAAGCGAGUAUUCCCGUAGGAAAUACUACUACCUGGGUGGCUAUUGUUUUCCUGCCCUGGUAGUGGGAAUUGCUGCCGCCAUUGACUACCGCAGCUAUGGCACUGAAAAGGCUUGUUGGCUUCGAGUUGAUAACUACUUCAUCUGGAGUUUCAUUGGACCCGUUUCUUUUGUUAUUGGGAUCAACCUUGUAUUCCUCAUGAUCACUCUGCACAAGAUGAUCCGCAACACAUCUGUCCUCAAGCCUGAUUCCAGCCGACUGGACAAUAUCAAGUCAUGGGCACUUGGAGCCAUUACUCUACUUUUUCUCUUGGGCCUCACCUGGGCCUUCGGCCUCCUCUUUAUCAACAAGGAGUCUAUUGUCAUGGCCUACCUCUUCACUACCUUCAAUGCUUUCCAGGGCAUGUUCUUCUUUGUUUUUCAUUGUGCACUGCAGAAAAAGGUGCAUCGGGAGUUCAGCAAAUGCCUGCGACAUGCAUCCUGUUGCCUCCGGAGCCAACCAGGGGCCACUCUAGGCUCUCUCAAGACCUCAGCUAUCCGCAGCAACAACCGCUAUUACUCUGGAACACAGAGCCGAAUCCGGAGAAUGUGGAAUGAUACUGUGAGGAAACAGACUGAGUCCAGUUUCAUGGCAGGUGAUCUCAACAGCACUCCGACACUUAACCGAGGGACAAUGGGGAACCACCUGUUGACCAACCCCGUGCUGCAGACACGGGGCGGGAGCAGUCCCUACAACACACUCAUUGCUGAGUCUGUGGGCUUCAACCCUGCCUCACCCCCUGUCUUCAACUCUCCAGGGAGCUUCCGAGAGUCCAAGCACCCCCUGAACAACAGCCGAGACGCUUGUGGCAUGGACACCCUCCCGCUCAAUGGCAACUUCAAUAACAGCUACUCCCUCCGCAGUGGUGACUUCUCCGCCGAGGGUACCAAGAUGGCUGAUUGUCGACGAAACCUGAGUGAUGCUGCGGCCUUUGAAAAAAUGAUCAUCUCUGAGCUGGUGCAUAACAACUUGAGGGGGGGAGGCAGUGGUGCAGUCAAGGGAGGCGGGGGCUCCACUGAGACCUCCAACCCCCCUGGGCCUCCUCCCCCUCCCAAUGUAGUAGCAGGGGGAGGGGGAACCAACAAUGAGGAUGACGCCAUUGUGCCUGAUGCCCCUUCCUUGACACAUGAGGAGAACAUGGAAAUUGAACUUAUGUAUAAGGCCUUAGAGGAGCCACUCUUGCUUCAGAGGGCACAGUCCAUCCUCUACCAGAGCGACCUGGAGGAGUCAGAAAGCUGCACAGCUGACCUGACAGAGGGGGGUGACGGCCAAGCUCCUUCACCCAACAGGGACUCAUUAUACACCAGUAUGACCAAUCUGAGGGACUCCCCGUAUCCGGACAGCAGCCCUGAGGCAGUUGGGGAAGUGCUUCCUCAUGCCCAAGCCAUCAAUGAGAUCUACUAUACCAACCGGCCAGCCUUGGUGCCGCGCAACCAGCUCCAGGCCUACUACCAAGUCCGGAGACCCAGCAAUGAUGGGUAUUUGGUCCCAGCAAGCUUAGAGAACCCUGCAGUGGAGGGAGAUGGCCAAAUGCAGCUGGUGACCAGCCUUUGAGGGGCUGAAAAGGGACUUAAGGGACCAUACCUCCUAACCCCAACAUGGCAUCCUUGCUGUGACCUGAACAUUUUCAUUUUUUGCUGGAGAAAUGGUGGGGAAGAAGAGAAUGGAGCAGGCUGGGGGAUGAGUGGAAGAGAGAAGGUGGAAGAAAGAGUGGAGGCAGAGGUCUUCUCCAAAGGGAUGGGUAGCCAUUUUAUCCAGCUAUCUUUCCAUCCACUUAGUUUUCCAGACAGAAAGUGAGACAUUGCCGAUUAGAAGAUCUCAGUUCCUUUUCCAGGCAAAUGCAAUGGAGGAAAGAGAGCAGUAUCUAGGCAAGAAGAUCAGACUUAUGACAAUACCUCCUAGAAAGUGGAGGAGGAACAAUAGAUUGAGAAAGUUUGAAAGUUGAAAAUUAAUUUUUAUUGCUUCAAUAAUCAAAGCCAUGAGGGUGCCGUGUGCAGAGAAUGGGGCACAUGGAGAAAUAUCCUGCACCCACUCUCCACCCUCCCUUCCCCAUGACUUUAUUGGCUUGUUUUUAACAACAAGAAAACACAGAUAAAAAAGGCAUACGGCCUUCUUAGGGUUUAGAUGCAGCGACAGCCACCACCUGCCCCAUGUCACAGGAAAAGGUACACAUGGGGGGGGGGGAAGGAAGGAGUUGUUCAGUUGAUGCUAAGACCACAGCUAGCCUUCCAGUAUUCGUUGGAAAGCCCACAGGUUAUCAGUGGGAUUUCUAUUGGCUCCUUAUUUGUUGCCUCUGAAUGGCAAGACUGCAGAAAGAAAUGAUCUUCCUUCCCCCCCUCCCCCGUCUUUUUAAAGCUACAUAGAUGUACUUAAGCUGCAGCAUUGUUUCUGGGGAAGAAAGAGGAUGUAGCACUAAGCUGGCUUCUUUUCAUUUUUGCUUUACUUUUUGUUGCCACAUUUAAUGGUCAUUCCCCCCCACCCAUUUAAUUUCUUUUCUGUGGCCACCAAGCUUGAAAUCAUACAAAAUACAGAUCAGGAGGGAUGGAAUUAUUAAGGGCAACUGUCAGGCUGGGUCAAUCCCUCACCCAAUCUACUGUGUUCCUUCUCCAACAUUUAGUAGUGAUGCAAGAAGAAUCAUCUUCCUUCUGUUUCAUUCCUGCCUGUGAAGACGCAAAAGCAAAAAUCAGGAGUACUUGCAAUGCAAAUAUGGCUGCCAUCCGAACAUAUUUGGGACCACGCGGGGAGAAUGAGGAGUGUUGAACUCUUUUUUUUUCUUCCCGCCCCCCCCCGCCCCAACUGGAUGGAUUGUGUCUUUCACAAACAAACGAGAAAAAAACAGAACAAAAACACUAACCCAGACUGCACUUUUUCCCCAAAGGAAGAAAUAGCAAAUCUCCCUCUUCAAGCACAACUCCGACUUUUCUCAGCAGCUCUUGUCCCGGGAGAGCUAGAGGAGGAACCGGUCUCACCUAGAGGCACCAUAUCGCUGGCGGGCGGUGGGCAGGGUGAACGGGGUCUAAGGGAAGGGGAAGGGAUAUCAGUUGAAAUGCUGUAAAUAGGAGAUCCUCAAAACAACAACCAAGAAUCGAUUUUACUCACUUGAAAAAAAGGAAAACUACAAACCAAGGAACUUUUCUGUCUGGGUUUGAAAUAUAUCUAUAUCUAUAUCCUAAUAUAUAUAGAUAUAUAGCAUUCCGCUCUGCUCUGGCCCCAUGUGUAUAUGGGAGCAUUACAGGGGAAAGAAAACCCCUGCUUUGAUGAAGACAAUGGGGGGGUGGAGCCUACCAAGAGCAGAUUUUUACAAUCAAGGAAAAAAAAAACAUUUUGGCACAAUUUUUAUGUAAUAUAUAACAUAUACUGCGUCAUUUCUGUGACCUUGAAGCAUUUUCCCUUUCCUUCCAGAUGAGGUACUUUUUUCAUACAUUCUGAUGAAGUUGGUUAUUUUCUCAUUAACUGACACUUUGCAACUGUGGGUGGGUGGGGGAAAUCAAAGUUUUUACCGCAAGACCCAAAGAUGCUGUAGUUCUGCAAUGCUGUAGGAGCCAGGAAAAUCCUUUGCUUUUAGAGAUUUUAGUAGCAGGGGUGGGCAGAAUAGCGUUUCAUUUCCUUUUUCUUUUUUUAAGAAGCCACACUGCACGUAUUUAUUUGAAACAUCCAGGCUGGCAUUUGCUAGGUGACAUUCUAUCAAAAAAGGGAAGUGAUGUGUGGUUUCGCUGGCCAGAGCCUCAAAGCAUUCCGUGUUUUGGUUUCAUUUUGUUUGGCUUUUGAUCCCCUGAGAGCUGGUAGAUCAGUGACUGUUCAAAGCAAAAACAGAGAAUCAGCUGUUUUUAAGCAAGCUUUCUAGAUAGCUUGGGCUUUCUCUCUCAGCAUCAGAGAGGAAGAUGAGCCAUUCUCCGGUGUCUUGUCCCUCUGUCUCUUACCUCACCGCCAAUAUUAACAAUGAACCCUCCCUGAUAAAUUACCAUGUAGGAUCCUUAGAUUGGAUUUCACCAGGAGGCAAGUCUAAUCCGGAUGCAUUUGCAUUUACAGCUCCUCAGUUUUCCCCAGGAGUGCGGCUUGACUAGAUCUUUCUAACAAACAUUGGGACACCCCCAACGUGUCCUUGAGUAAUUUUUUUGGGGGGGAGAAACCAUGCUACAUGUCAUUUUCGGCCAGUAACCCAGGUUAUCUGCCAGCAGCAACAAAACAUGUAGGUGAAUUGCAUUCUGUAGCUUUACAUCUAAGAUAAAUGGAUAGUUCUCUGGAAUGCAGAGCUUGAGCUGGCGUGUUUUCAAAUCAAGAGGAAUUAUGCAUAGUAGAAUUAGAUGGAAUAUUCCACACAGAACCUUUUUCCUCCUGCCGCUCCAGCUCACAGUAAUAGCCACGCUCCUGUAUAUUAAGUCACAAUGAAAUUGGCACUUAUUAAAAGUGUUCAAACAUCAUCUGCUUUAUAUCCAGAUCAUGAGUUCACAGGGCACAAGGGAAUGGAUAGCAGGGCUUUUUGUGCUAUUGUAUUACUCAUUGGUAUGGCGGCGCAAGAAAUGGAGAGGAUUGGCUGGGGUUGCUAAUAAACCCUUCAGAGUCCAAACUCCUCCUGCCACAGUUUUGAUUUUGUCCCCAAGUGUGGUUAAGUAAAAAUAAGGUCCCAUUUUCAUUUCCCUGUUCCAUCCACAACCUGUGGUUUUGAUCAGUCCCCUUCCAAUACCAAAUGGCCUUAUUCACCCUACAUCCCUUUGCUGCGUUGAUCCAAGGAAGGCUCUGGGUUCAGGAAUCUCCUUGGCUUUUAUACCAAGAGGUACCUCCGUGCGGAAACCUCGCAUUAAAAGCAAAAUGAAAACAAAGAAACCAAAGACUGCCCUUGUUCUCCCUGCGAAGAGUUGAAGCAAUGAGGAUUGAGUUUCUAGCAGCCCAACAUAAAGCUUUGCACUUUCCUGCAUGUUAGGUGUUCAAGGUCCAUUCAGCUGGUGAAAAAGGAAGAAAUCAACAGACAGAUGAGUUAGCAUCAGUGUUAUUGCAUGCACUCUCCUGGUAUCAGAGAAAACGUGGGAAAGGGGGCUGCAUUGAUAGGAGCUGUGAUAAGGGGAUUUUAGGGUCCAACUCAAACAUUGUCAGCGUUAUACAGACAGGCAGCCUUUUCCUGUUCUCACAUUUGGCAUUUAACAUUGCCCCGUUCUUUGAACGCUAGUUGUCUCCAUGCAAAACACUACUAUUU